UUUAUCCCAUGUACACUAUUGGUCAAUCCGAGAGGUUAAAGGUUGAUAUGUAAAUAUACAACAUGGCGGCGCCCAUACAUGACAUGUUUUCUCGCUGCGUGGAUCCUGCCAAAGCCAGUAAUUGCGUGGAGGUCCGAUUUAUCGAUAAUGUCAAGGGCAAAGGAUUAUUCGCGAAAAAACCCUUAAAAAAGGGUGGCACCAUUUUUAUUGAGCAACCUCUAGUGUCAUCUCAGUUCUUGUGGAAUGCCUUGUACAAAUACAGAGCGUGCGAGUACUGUCUGCGUGCUCUGGAGACAGCGGAGGAGAACGCCAGGCGCUUGAGCGGUCUGCCGGCUCUCGGUCUGCCUCAGCCGGAGCUGUGUAAAGUGCGUCCGGAUCGACACCAGGCCUGUCCACACUGUCAGAACACUGGAGAAGUGUUGCGGUUGCUUGAUUGUUGGGGUUUGAAGGCUGCUAGUGCAAAGGCCUUGAAGAGUGUGCAUUACCCUCCGGAAACUUCCAGUAUCAUGAUAAUGGCAAGGAUGGUGGCCACCAUCAAGCAGGCUCAAAAUAAGGGACGCUGGCAGAGGCUGUUCUCUCAUUUUUGUAGCCGUACAGCAAACGAAGAGGAGGAAAUAGUUCAUAAAUUGUUGGGAGAGAAGUUUCAGGGCCAGCUGGCCUUGCUGCGUGAUCUCUUUACUACAGCGCUGUACGAGGAUGGCCAGCUGGCCUUGCUGCGUGAUCUCUUUACUACAGCGCUGUACGAGGAUGGUCUCAGUCAGUGGUUCACCCCAGACGGUUUUCGCUCUCUAUUUUCACUUGUUGGGACCAAUGGUCAGGGUAUUGGCACCAGUUCUCUGAGUCAGUGGGUUCAUGCGUGCGACGCGCUGGAGCUUCCCAGCCAGCAGAGGGAGCAACUGGACGCUUUCAUCGACCAGCUGUACAAGGACAUCGACACAGAAACUGGCGAUUUCCUCAACUGCGAGGGCUCCGGUCUUUUCCUGCUGCAGAGCUCUUGUAACCACAGCUGCGUUCCCAAUGCAGAGGCGUCUUUCCCCGACAACAACUUCCUCCUCCACCUCGGCGCCCUCAGCGACAUCAGCCCCGGAGAGGAGAUCUGUAUCAGCUACCUGGACUGCUGCCAGCGAGACAGGAGUCGUCAUAGCCGGCACAAGAUCUUGAGGGAGAAUUACUUAUUCGUCUGUUCCUGUCAGAAGUGCAUGUCCCAGAUGGAUGAUGCAGAUAUGACAUCCGAGGAUGAGGAGGAAGCUGAAGGCGAAACGGAGGAUGAAAUGACCGAUGUGUGAUUUCACUCCGGUUUCUCGGCUCAGACCUGUUUGUCUGUGGACCUUUCCGAUGUGAUCCUGACCCCAUCGAAGGGCCUAAUAUCUACAGCAGCUGAGAAACCAACAUCACACUUACAGUCUGGCUGUUAUAACCCUAAUAUCAAAGCCUAUGCAAAAUAUAAGUGUGCUGUUUUUAUCAUGUGCUUCUUUGUCAUGAUUUCUACCAUGCAAUGUCUCAUAGGAUGCAAGAGGACACUGGUUUCAUGUGCAGGAUCGGUUAAACAUUUUUUGGUUUUGACCCCAUGAUGUGCUCGAUAAAGCAAGUAGCUCCAAACAAAAACUGUGACCAAGCAUGAAACACGAUCUGUUUGUGCACUAAUGGGUUAUAUUAUACAAUAACCUUUCAAAAGAACAUGAAUUGCACAUGAACAGGAGAAACUGUACAGUCAGCGGAUCAAGAGAAGUGUUCAUGUUACUUUAAAGUGACUGUAAAUCAACCAGAAAUCAAAACUGACCCUGUUUACUUAUUCUAUACACAUAACUUCUCUUUAUAAUCUUAUGUAUGCAAAGAUUUGAUCCACCUUUCAAACGAUUUUUCUUUUCAGCUGACGUCACUUGGGUCACAC